AUGGCAGCCAAGACCAUCAUUGUCACAGGAGCUUCAAGAGGUAUCGGUCUUGCUGUGGCCAAGUAUCUGCUCACCGCGCCUCAAUCCCACAAUGUGGUAGUGGUAGCCCGCAGCGUUGAGCCCCUCCAAAAGCUCAAGGAGCAAUACGGCAACCAGGUGGCAAUCCUGAAUGGCGAUCUGUCGGACUUUUCUCUUGCCCAACAGGCCGUCGAUAAAGCCAUCAAGACCUUCGGUCAGCUCGAUGGAAUGGUCCUUAACCACGGCCUGCUAGGCCAGGUUGGCAAAAUCGCCGACGCUGAUCCGCAGCAGUGGAAGGAAGGCUUUGAUGUCAACUUUAUCAGCUUAGUUGCCUUUGCCAAAGCGGCUCUACCGGCUCUCCGUGAGUCCAAAGGAAAAAUUAUCUUCACGUCUUCCGGCGCUGCAGUCAACGCUUACCGUGGCUGGGCUCUAUAUGCUGCCACCAAAGCCGCCAUGAACAACUUUGCCAUGAGCCUGGGUGCCGAAGAACCCGAUGUCACCUCCGUGUCUAUCAGACCUGGUAUGGUCGACACCGAGAUGCAGCGUGCCCUGCGGGAGGACCAUGGCACAGCCUUGGACGCUGAAAUGCACUCCAAGUUCACUGGAGUCCACAAGAACGGCAAGCUCCUCAAGCCCGAGCAGCCCGGCCAUGUCAUGGCCAAGCUGGUACUCGAUGCGCCCAAGGAAAUCAGCGGUCGUUUCUAUUCAUGGAACGACAAGGAGCUCGAGGUUUUCCAGGAAUAA